GCUAUUCUGUAACAACGUAUAACCGCCGGACAGUCAGAUCAACGCCCAAUUUUGGCAACACGAAAAAUGAAACCUGGAUCGAUCCCGACAACCUGCCUUGCAUGCAGAGCUUUGUUUCGGUUGUUGUGAAUUCGACUAACUUUGCUAAACUCAUUGACCCGAAAUCAAAGGUAUUUCGUGCUUUGGAUAACCAAUCAUGCAUUACAACAUGCGUAGAUACGUGCAUCAAAACUGAUCCGUUACCAACUUCACAAACGGUUGCUCGGUGUAUUGUUGUAAGCAAUCCAAACAACGAUACAGUUUCUCUCAAAAUCUUUUAUAGGUUUGACCAAACUGCCCUAGUCACGCAGCUGCCUACAUUGUUACAAUGCAGAUUUCUUCUAGCGUUGACAAAAUGGAUUAGAGCAGCGCUCUAA